GAUGAUGUUGCUAUGGCUGCAAAUGUGUUAGAACUGCUGUUGAAACUUGUGCUUCUGAUUGGCCUUACCAUCACGGUUUUUGGCUAUGCCUAUUCUCAGCUGGCUCUGGAUAUUUAUGGAGGCUCAAUGCUCAGUUCUGGAACAGGUCCAGAUCUCCUCCGAUGUUACUCUUUAUAUGUCCUAUUCCUUGCUAUCAAUGGAGUAACAGAAUGUUUUACGUUUGCUUUGAUGUGCAAAGAAGAGGUAGACAGGUACAAUUUUGUUAUGCUGGCCUUGUCCUUCACAUUCCUGUGCAUUUCUUAUUUCUUGACCCACUGGUAUGGCAGUAUAGGCUUUAUCCUUGCCAACUGCUUUAACAUGGGCAUUCGAAUAGUUCACAGCAUCCACUACAUCUAUGAUUACUUCAAAGAAAGCACUUACCGACCUUUGGCAGGCUUGCUGCCCUCACCAUUUUUGGUGCUCGUUUAUAUCAUAAGUGGAGUAAUCACUGGUUUCUCAGAGGUAUUCUUCUGCUGUGAUAAGGGUUGGAUGGCAAGGCUGAUUCACAUCAGCGUGGGGGCUUUGUGCUUUGCAGCAACUGUCGCCACAAUGUUCUGCACAGAGACCAAGCUGAUCCACUUUGUCAGAAGGCAGUUCCUUUCCUGGUACAUGAAGAAAGGAACAUGA